AAUCUAACAAGAUGGGAUCGAUAGAUACUUUGGAUCACUAUAAUGUCAAACCGGCAAUAAAUGGGAGAAAAUUGGUCAACGGGGAACUGAAAGAGCACAAUCUAAGGAAAGAAGGCGUGGUUCCACAAUAUGACUUGGAAGAUUUGGCGGAUGAAGAAUUGAAGCAUAGCACAGCACCUUGGUAUUCACACUUGAACGAACCCCUAACAGAAAGCUUUCGACAAGGAUGUCCACCGCUAUUGAUUGGAGGAUCAGCGCUUGGAAAAGGUAUCUUUACCGAUGAUGAAAUCUUACAAAGCACGGAACCAUAUCGGGUGAUCCGAUUAGCAUUUCAAUAUGGCAUUCGUGCAAUCGAUACUUCACCAUUUUAUCAUCCUUCAGAGAUUAGCUUGGGAAGGAUAUUGAAAGCAUUAUCAAAAGAAUACCCAAGAGAGUCAUAUUACCUACAAACAAAGGUAGGCAGAUAUGGUCAAGACAAGAAAGACUUCGAUUAUUCACCCGAUCGGAUACGUGAAAGUGUGGCAACCAGUUUGAGAAGACUCAAUACAACCUACUUGGACAGCGUUGUCUUGCACGAUGUUGAGUUCGUUUGUGAUAACGUCGGUCCCAGCCAGAAAGCUGGCUUUGCUGCUCGUGAUGCUGUAGAGGAUGCUAAAGUCCGCAAAGAGUGUGGUCUAUCAGAUGACGACCAAGAUGUUGCUCUCACAGCAACAGUACACGGACAAGGCGACGAGAAGAUCUUGGCUGCAAUACGAACUUUGUUUGAGCUGAAAGAGCAAGGUAUAGUUCGAAAUGUCGGAAUUGGAGGUUACCCGCUUCCCACCCUUUUGCGAUUAAGUCGCUUGAUCGCUUCUCAUGCUCCUUUCCGCGCUGUUGACAUUAUCGUCAAUUACAGUAAUCAUACCCUGCAAAACGACAUGCUUUCUCAGUAUACCGCCAAAUUCGCACAAGAGCCAAGACGAGCUCGCCUGACGGGAGCCGAAAGAAGUGGCACUUCUUUACCCGAAUGGAUCGCUCCAACGAUCAUCAAUGCAAGUCCUUUCAGUAUGGGAUUGCUGACCGAUAAAGGUCCUCCUGCUUGGCAUCCUGCAAGUGAAAAGCUAAAGUCACUAUGUGUGGAAGCUUCUGAGACACUUUCAGCACGAGGACAAUCGUUGGCAAAAGUGGCUGCACAUUUCGGAUUCCGUGGUUCAGAACUGAAAAAGCAAGGAUCAAAUCCUGGUUACCCUACACCGCAUAUGGCCACAAUCGUUGGCAUGAACAGCGUCGAACAAGUUCAUCAAGCCGUUCAAACAUACAGAGCAAUCUUAGCAGACGCUCAUCUUUCCCAACGUGAUGCCGAUCAAGUUGCAUUCUCAAUGCCAGAAGAAGAACUUCAAGAUUAUCGCGCCCAUUCAAAGCAACAGAGACAAGACGAACAAUAUGUCAUCAACCUGUUCCGAUCACACGGAUUUCGUGAUUGGACGUGGGCAAGUCCACCUUCAUAGAAUAAUAGAGUUUUUACUAGACACACACACCUUUUGUUACGAUAGAAUUAUUGCAUUUUUUUGUCAAUCGUUGCCCUGUAUACAAUAUAAAUAUGUCUACAAAAUGACAUUUGAAGCAGAUUAAAGAGAGAUAAAUG